GCCGUGCCCGGGAGCGAACCUCUUCCGACUGCCUGGGAGAAAAGCACCUGCAGCACGCACUCGGAGACACACGCCUCGGCCCCCGCGGAGGUAUCGUUACACGCCGACAGAAAACUCGGGAACCACCGGAACCAUGCUGCUGUACCAGCCGACUCUUUUAAACGCGCUCCUCGUCGCUCUCGCCGCCGUGGUGACAGCAAUAGAGACGGCAGAGGAAAUGUCUGGAGAUGGCGAGUACACGACAAGAACAGGAAUGCCGGGUCCAAUUAGCAGCCACACAAGUUCUAUGCAGUCCACCUCAUUUAUGACAACUGCGAGAGAUGAGACGUCUGUCAAAAAGCCUCACACCACCGUCACCAGCUCACUUAUGACAAGCGGCUUCCUCACGCCGACAAGCCGACCCGGUACCACUGUGACUAAACGUCCACCGGACCCGACAGAUCAGAAUCCCACCGCAGCUGACACACCUCUGACGGCGACGGUUGAAACACCCAAAAAUGACGUGACGUCAAUGACAACAAUCGGUCAGACAUUGACGACAACAAGUCUGAACCACAAUGACAGAACCUCAAUGACAACGAUGGGCACAUUAACGCCGGGAACUGGUUUGAACAACAAGACAACCAUGAUCACGACAAUUGGUCUGACAAAUAGUGACACAACCGCGACGGCAACAACCAGUUUGAUCAACAAUGCCACAACUUCCAUGACAACAGUCCACCCGACCAACAGCAACACCACAUUACUGACAACAACAGCUGAUCCAACUGUCGGCGACUCAACCUCAAUGACACCAACUGGUCCAACAAACAACAACACAGCAGGAACGACAACAAUUGGAAUAACAAUGACGACAUCUAUGACAACAACCGGUUCAACUACCACUGAUGUUCCGUCAUUGACAACAAGUAGUCCAAUCAACAAUGACACGUCAAUGACAACUGCUCCGACCAAUGACACAACCUCAUUGACAACAACCAUCCCGACCAAUAACGACACAACCUCAUUGUCAACAACUGCCCCGACCAACAAUGACACAACCUCAAUGACAACAACCACCCCAACCAACAACGACACAACCUCAAUGACAACAACCACGCCGACCAACAACGACACAACCUCAAUGAAAACAACUGCUCCAACCAACAACACAACCUCAAUGACAACAACCACCCCGACCAACAACGACACAACCUCAAUGACAGCCACCACCCUGACCAACAACGACACAACCUCCAUGACAACAAUCACCGUGACUAACGACACAUUAAUGACAACAACCAACAACACAUUUACAACAGCAGCUAAUCCAACAGUCAGCGACAAAACCUCAAUGACAACUGGUCCUACCGUGAACAAGACCACCUUGAUGACACCAUCCAGUUCGACAGAAAACAACACAGCAGUAACGACAACAGUCAGCUCAACAAGUCUGUCCACCAAUGGCACAAGCCCUACGGCAACUGCUCCAAGGACAGACAACAGCGACCCCACCAAAGAUAUGACUUGGACGACAACUGCCCCUCAGUCCAACAAUGAGACAACUACAGUAUUCUCCACCAGCCCUGAAGGGACUUCAACUGGUAUCACCACAACUAGUCCUACACCCUCAACGACAAAAUCAGAAGCAGUCACUUCUGGACCAACCAGCGGCAUCACCCAAUCCUCAACCAACAGCGCCACGCAAACCACAGCCCGCCCCACCUUGGGUCCAAUUAUAGUUUGUCCCGCGGAAGAGUGUCCCCUUGAAAGCGUUUGCCUGAACGGAACCUGCCAGUGUCUCUCCGGAAGCUUCUUGGUGGGCAAUCGUUGCACACGCGGCCAAAUGUUUCCCGGGCAACUCCACCUUGUCUCCUUGACGUUUAACGAGGAAAUGUUGAACAGGUCCUCCAAAGCAUUCCAGGACACGGCAGCAGACAUCUCAGCAGUGGUCGCCGGUGCCUUUGCGGAUCAACCAGGAUACAUCCGCGCUGACGUGGUGAAGCUAGCCUCGGGAAGCGUCAUCGCCACAGUCAACAGCAUCUUUGACAACACGGCGGCCUCGCAAGAGGAAAUCGACCAGGUCAUCAUGGAUGCCAUCGGGAGAAGCUCCGAAGGCUUGCUGGUCAACGCUACAUUCACCGGGACGAAAUUGUGCGAUCAGGUGCCACUUCCCUGCGACGCUGCCUCCACAGUGUGCGCCAGCGACAACGGCCGCGUGGGUUGCUCCUGCAAAAGUGGCUACGUCUCCACCCUGUACUCCAACACCAGCUGCAAGGCUUGUCCGAGCGGGCAGGAAGCGGUGGGCGACACCUGCCAGAAGUGUCCUUUCGGCUACGCAGGCUUUAACUGCACCGACUCGUAUCUGCUGGCGGUGGUGGUCGUCUCCUGCGUUUUAGGCGGACUUCUACUCCUCCUGAUCUUGGCUUUGCUCUCUUUCUGUUGCUGGCGGAGAUGCUCUGACGAGCAGGCAGAGCACAUCGACGCCAGCCCGUACCCGGCGGGUGAGCUGAGCAAGGCCUGGCCGGUCAGCAUCACGCCAAUUCCACGCGCCAACGCCACAGCCGCCUGCGACGCGGCGUCCGCCAUGGAGAUGGAGGACAAACCGUAUCACGGCAACGGCGUGGGCUUUCUUCCGAAGCAGAAAGGAUGGAAAAAGUCGGGUUCGUACGAUCUCAACCCGGAUGGAAUGAAGACCUUCAAAAGUAAAAACCCGUCACGUUACUCGUACUUGAUGCAAGGCCACGAAAACCCCUACUUCCUGCCUGGUGAUGACAAGAAAAACUGACGCAGCCUCCCCCCUCCCUUCCACGCUCCCUGAUGGACAUUUUAUUUUAUUUUUUUAAUUAUUAUUAUUUUUAAAUCAAAUAGGACAACAACAACAAGUUCCGUAAAGUUGAGCAUUGAUUUUUUUUUUUUUUUUUUUAUCUCAUCGCCUUGAAGAUGUUGGAAUUGUGCAACAUUUCACGUUCAAUCAACGGUUCAUUACAUGUGGCUUAUUAUUACUACAAUGAUGAUGAAUAUUACACAUUCUUAUUGUCAAAAUAAGGGCUGGCCCCUUGUUCGAAAUGCUGGUGAAGGGAUUUCAUUAUUAUUAUUAUUUUUUUUUUUUUUUUGUUUUAAAUUUAGCACACUUUAAAGCCGGUCCAAAUGUUCAAUAGGAAUUGUGUUAUUUCUUGCGGUGCAUGUGCCAACUAUCACUAUCGUCAUCACCCUGCUCAUCUUUGCUUCUGUUUUACAAGUGUGUACAGUUUUGCUUUUUGUAAAGAAUUCAACUAUCAACAAAAAUAAAUUAAGUUACAAAAAAACCAGAAGCUGUUAUUCC